UUGUUUUGACCGGUCGCACGUGUAUACCAAUCAAAACGCCUGAUUCUUUGAAAAACCAAUCAAGACUUUCGCGGCCUGGGCAAACGAAGAAACAUGAGGACCGAAACAUGAUGCCCAUUUUAGUUUUUAAAGUAAUGGUGGUCAGUGCUGUUUAUUUACAAAGGCUCAUUUUAAAUCAAUUUGGCGUAGAGUUUAAUAUUGCGACCAUACGACUCACUAGAAGGAAAUUGGGUUGGGUUCAAAGUGGUCCAAAAUAUUGCCAGUUAAUCAGAAUUCCAAACCAGAUAGCACGCUUAGCAUUCGCACAAGAUUGUUUAUUACAAAAAGAGCAGUUUGAUAAUGUUAUAUUCACUGAUGAAUUUAGCAUAUUGUUAGACAAACAUGGAAAAUUGUGUUUCCGAAAAAAAGGUACACUGCCAAACUUAAAGCCAACAGUGAAACAUCCCUACAAGGUGCAUGUAUGGGCUGGAAUUUCAAAGCGAGGCCCCACAAACAUAGCUAUAUUUAUGCGAAUAACGAGGAAAAAAUUUUAGGUGGAUGAAAUAUUACAAAAUCUUCUUCUUCCUUUUAUACAAAAGGUUUUUCCUGAUAAUCAUCGUUUUCAACAAGAUAAUGACCCAAAACAUACAAGCAAGUUUCUCCCUAUUUCUACUUUGUUGUCUGUUAUACACGCAAGGCCGAAUUUUCACCUAUAAUAAACUUUUUUUUAGGUAAGAACUAUGCUAUGAACUUUAUCAAAGAAAAUAACAUAAAUUAUUGGCCUACUCCAGCAGAAUCACCUGAUAUGAACCCAAUAGAAAUGAUGUGGCAUGAACUGAAAACUCAUAUUAGAAGACGCGUGAAACGAAACAUAGAAGAACUUGUUAACGGUAUUAGUAACUUUUGGAGCACAGUGGAUUAUCAUAAAUGCACUAAGUACAUUAAUCAUUUGCAAAAGGUAUUACCGAUAGUCGUGGAAAGACAAGGCAAAGCAUUGGGACAUUAGUAGAACAAAAAUCCUAUUGUACAGGGUUUUUUUAUCUUAUUUUUAUCUUUUAUUUAUCUUUAUUAAGCUCAACGUUCUUAUAAACUAGGUUAACUGUAAAUCUCUUGACUAUCACAACGAUCCAAUGAAUGCAGAUAAAUUUGAUAAUCAAGCUGAAAUAAAAUCUACAGAUACAACUAAAAAAAGAAAACCUGAAGAAAAACAUACAGAAGAACAAACAUCCGGGAUUAAAAAGAAAAAGCAACCAAAAAGGAAUUCAAAAGAUGCAAAAACCGAAGAAGCCUCGGGAAAAGACGCAAUAAAAAAGGAUACAAUUAAAAGCGAUGAAACAAAGACAAAAAAAGAGAAAAUAGAGAAAAGAAAAGAAAAAACAAAACAAAAGCUUCCAUUACUAAAGAGCUGGUAAGCGUAUGAGGAUCCCAGGGCUUUAACAAAAAAUAGGGUUGGCUUAAAAAUUUAUUGCGUUUUCUACCUUUUAAAUAAAUUUUAUAUAUGCUUAUGUUAUUUACUAGGCAUUUAUGGUUAAGAUCACCGAAGUGAACAAUAAAAAUUUACUUCUGCCCCGUGCAUGUUCAACGUCGACCUCCUCAAUGUUGGCACAGGCGACAACUUCACUGUCAAAAUACACGGUGCAAUCUAUGAUGAAAAAAACAGAAAAAAAUCCAUCGACACCAGAAAACGAAAUUUCUACACCAUCUUUUUCACUACCUGGCGCAUCAAUAAUAAAACUAAGCCAAUCACCACCUCCACAGGCGCGAAAAAAACCUUAACUGCAGUCUUCGCCAGCAUCUGCACCAGGUCUUCCAAUCCUUCCAGACUCGCCACUGCCUCCUCAAAUAUUUGAAACUAAUGUUUCAACAAGUAUACCAUCACCGUCUUGUUUUUGGCCUUUUAAACCACUAACGCAUUCACCAUUGUGUUCUUCAAAGACAACAGAAAAUCAGUCCAUGCUCCCUUUAACGUCGCUCCUAAACGAAGACUCGCUAUUCGUAUCGAAAGAAAUACUUGAUGAUAGCGAAAAUGAAAAGUCGUUUUCGCAAAUUUUUCUAACAAUUACGGUAACUCCUUCACAAAAUGAAUUGGUUGAACAGAUGAAAGCCUUGCGAAAGCAAGUUGAAGCGUUAUCAAAAAAUUAGGAAUAUCUGCAGUCAUUGAUAAGGCAGUUAAUAAAAGAUCGUAGUUCAGAUGCUGUAAGCAACCACGAACGUAUGAUUGUGAAAGUGGUAACGCUUUUAACAACCCCACAGUUACACGAAUCGCCUAGGCGAAGAAGCUUCCAAAUGUCGCCUAUUCCAUUGAUGACACCGACAUCAGCAUCGACAUCAGUUUCAUCAGCUUCAUUUACAAAGACCAAUACAGAUUCUCCGUUGGCUUAAUUAACGUUUGCCCAAGUGCAACAAUUGAAGCUACAAUCAAGCUCCUUACCAAACUUCGCUAAGAAUUUGUCAGAACAUAUUUUCACAAAGACUGAGCGUAGGGAGGGCAAUUGCUCGGGAACAAAAGAACGGAAAAAAGCUUGAUGAAGAAAAGCUAGAAAAAAUAAAAAACUAUGUAUUCGAAUUACAUGCCAUGGGCGCAAAAGAAAAAAAAAGAAAUGUGGCAAAAGUGCAAGGAUGCAAUCAAUGAGGCUGGAAGCCGCAAGCAGCUUUUUUGAUUAGUUUUAUAUACGUUUUUCCUAAGAUAAAUCUUUUUUUGUAGGCUAUACAUGCUUCUUGAAACUUAUUUUACACUUGAAAAAUGAAAAAAUGUUGACAUGAUUUUUGUUUGAUUAUUUCCAUUGCUUGCUUCGUCUCAACAUCGAUCCCAAGGCUUUCUUUUCUCUCUUUCUUUCUCGCCGUCCCUUGUAUCAAAAAGAUAAAAAAGCCCUGGGAUGGAGGUUGGCAUUGUCUGUCAAUUAUCUAAAAUAAAAAAAAAUAAGAAUAAUAAAAAAGGAUAUAAGUUGUUUAGCAUGGCCUUUUUCGUUAAUAAUAAGUUGUCAAACUGUAACAAAAUAAGAACAUUAAUAUCUAUACAUACUUAACAAUGAGAAAAUUAAGAACGUUCUAAGAGUCAAAAUUUCAUAUUGUAUCGUACAGAGCGCAUUUCUCGAAUAACUAACAAUUAUCUCACAUUGGAACUUUGAUGCCGAUGAAGUUGUCAAUUUUUCUGACUAAAGAUUUGCUGUAUAACAACAAUAAACAAUAAUUUCUUCGUUCUUUCUUUGUAAUUAAACAACAUUAUAUGGUCGCUGAUCUUAAAAACAAUGAUUUACAACUUAUUUACAUAACACAGGGACAUGUUUUCCUCUAAUUGGUCAAACAAGCAUUUCGGCAUUCUACAACAAGUCCCAGUUACAGCUUUCCCAUAUACAAAUAAUUCAUUAGUUUACAUAAAAUCGCUUUGUUGUCAGUUCCAUUAUUUUUAAUGCUAAUCUCCGUGUUCUUUCUUUUUUUAACUCUGAUCUUUUUUUAACAAACGCCAUCAGCUCUUGCCUGCAAAUGCAAACAUCACUUGCUUCUGCAUUCAUGCACAAAAUAUGCCACAUAUAUUUAAUUAUUUUAAGAAACCGCAAAUGAAACAAAGAAGUAUAUAAAGAACAAAAACAUGGAUCAGACCCACAAAGCCUCAAAAAGUAAUAAAAAGAUGCUAGAACUUUUUCAAAGAAUUCCUGCUAUUAUUUAAAAGAAAUAAUUUAUUAAACAUACUUUCUUAUUCUUACGUUGCAAUUUAAGAAAUUAUUUUUUUUGAGAUUAUCAUUUAAGGUGGCAGUAACCCUUUUUUAGCAGUCCAAAUAGCUGAAUUAUUUACUCAGUGUUUUAUUUAUACCAUUUUUUUUUACUAUUUCCUAAAAAUAUAAGCCUUAAUACAUAAUAAAAUGAUUUUAACUUUACACUAAAAUUGCUGAGUCAGCAGAAAUCUCUAUUUAAAAAUGUAUCAUAAACAAGAAAAAAAUCAGCUUCUUCGAGCUCCAACUUUUUACAAUCUCAUUAUUUUCCAUCAGCUUCUGGUUUUUAAUGAACCUUGGGUUAACCCUGUUAAAACGGUGUGCGGAUUUUUUUUGUUAAUUCUUAUUUUUUUAACAAAAGCCUUUUGUUUUUUUCAAAAUAUUCUUUGUUAGCAUCCCCUGCUGCAUCGAACACUGUUAAAAGAAAAAUAUUACGAAUAAAAGGAUUUCUACAUACAGUAUCAUGGCUGCAUGGUUCACCAAGCAUGUCUGAAAAUUUUAAAGUAAAACGAAAAUGCUAUCGAAAGUAAAAGCUUGUGCAGUGUACCAUAAUGAAGAUCGUCUUAAAUUUCUACAUAAUGCGCCAUCUUUGUUGUUAUUAACGUUUCUCUUUAAUAAUUACGUCAUUUCUUUCUGUACAAUUUUGCAAGCGCGUAGACUUAAACUAUAUUCGGCAGAACUAAUUAAUUAUUCAUGAAUUUUAUUUUAAAGAGAAAUUGUUGAGGCUAAAUAUUUUUGGUGAAGGAUAAUAUAUAGUAUUUUAGCCAUAAAAUCGU